AGAGGAAGACCGAAGACUAAGACCGAGACCUCGCACCUGCCAACACUUCAGAGAGGUGUGUAGGUGUGGGUCAAUGAAACUGUGAUACUACUACUACUACUACAACUACUACUACAGUCACCAUGUCAAUAUCGGCCAUUUAUAUCCUGGACGUCAAAGGGAAGGUGUUGAUCUCCCGUAACUAUCGCGGGGAUGUGGACAUGGGCGUCAUUGAGAAGUUCAUGCCGCUGGUCCUGGAGCGCGAGGACGACGGGAACAUGGCCCCCAUAGUACAGACCCAGGAGGCCACGUUCUGCUUCGUCAAGGUCAGCAAUCUCUACGUUGUCUCGGCCACCAGAAUCAACGCCAAUGUGACUCUCGUGUUCUCCUUCCUCCACAAGCUGGUGUCCGUGGCCUCAGAGUACUUCAAGGAGCUGGAGGAGGAGAGUAUUCGCGACAACUUUGUGAUCAUCUACGAACUCCUGGAUGAGCUGCUGGACUUUGGCUACCCCCAGACCACCGACAGCAAGAUUCUGCAAGAGUACAUCACGCAGGAGGGUCACAAGCUGGAGAUAGCGCCCCGCCCCCCCAUAGCUGUCACCAAUGCCGUGUCCUGGCGCUCCGAGGGCAUCAAGUACCGCAAGAAUGAGGUGUUCCUUGACGUGAUUGAGGGCGUCAACCUGCUGGCCAACUCCAACGGCAAUGUGCUGCGCAGCGAGAUCGUGGGCAGCAUCAAGAUGAGGGUGUACCUGUCCGGCAUGCCUGAGCUGCGCCUCGGCCUCAACGACAAGGUGCUGUUUGAGUCCACCGGGCGCGGGAAGAGCAAGAGUGUGGAGCUGGAGGAUGUCAAGUUCCACCAGUGUGUGCGUCUUUCAAGGUUCGAGAAUGACCGCACCAUCUCCUUCAUUCCCCCCGAUGGAGAAUUUGAGCUCAUGUCCUACAGGCUCAACACACAUGUCAAGCCGCUCAUCUGGAUUGAGUCGGUCAUCGAGAGGCACGCCCACAGCCGCGUGGAGUACAUGGUCAAGGCCAAGUCCCAGUUCAAGAGGCGGUCAACAGCCAACAACGUGGAAAUCAUCAUCCCGGUUCCUAACGACGCGGACUCGCCAAAAUUCAAGACCUCGGUUGGCUCGGUCAAAUACGCGCCUGAGCGGAACUGUAUCAUCUGGACCGUCAAGUCUUUCCCGGGCGGGAAGGAGUACUUGAUGCGCGCCCACUUUGGUCUGCCCAGCGUGGAAUGCGAGGACACCGAGGGGAAGCCGCCGAUACAAGUCCGCUUUGAGAUCCCCUACUUUACCACCUCUGGCAUUCAGGUGCGCUACUUGAAGAUCAUUGAGAAGAGUGGCUACCAAGCGCUGCCCUGGGUGAGGUACAUCACUCAGAACGGAGACUACCAGCUCAGGACCAACUAGACACACACACACACACACACACACACACACACACACAGCCGCAGAAACGUACAUACAUGGACCCACACACAUAGUCACAUACAAACAGACAGAUAGAGAGACAGACAUGGAAGAAAAUAAUGUGACUAAAAAGAGAGGAAAAAAUUAACACACACACACACACACACACACACACACACACACACACACACACACACACACAAGUGGACAUGAACAAUUACUGACACAAAAAGAAGGAAAGGAAAGAGAAAGAUUGAAAAGAAGGAAAGUAAAGAAAGAGAAGGGAAAAAGAAAGAAAUGAAGAAGAAAAAGGAUAGAAGGAAGGAAGGAAGAAGGGAAGAACAGAGAAAGAAAGGGAAUAAGAGGAAAGAAAAACUGGAAAAAAGGAAGGAAAAGGAGAAAAAUAAGAGUAGGAUGAUUUAGCAAAGAAACACACACACACACACACACACACACACACACACACACACACACACACACACACACACACUCAAAGGCUGUCUAAUCUCUCAAUGUGUUACAGAAAAUAUAUGUUGUUUUGUUAGUAUUACCAAGAACAAGGAAUUUAUUAUUAUUAUUAUUAUUAUUAUUAUUAUUAUUAUUAUUAUUAUUAUUAUUAUUAUUACUGUUAAAUUGAGACGUGUUAUUCUGUGUGUGUGUGUGUGUAUAUAUAUAUUUAUUACCAGUAGAUAACAUGUAUGCAUUCCAUCGUAUAAUACACACACACACACACACACACACACACACACACACACACACACACACUUACACAUUAUCAUAAGUAUAUCAUUAUUUUAUUAUUAUUAUGGUUGACAAUUAAACACAUACAAAUUUCUUUAUUAUUAUUAUUACUUUUAUUUCUGAUUGUCUUCGCUAUAGUUAAUGCUUCUUUGGUCAAGGUUAGUGCUAAAUAGAGCUCUCUUUAAUUUCUCUCUCUCUCUCUCUCUCUCUCUCUCUCUCUCUCUCUCUCUCUCUCUCUCUCUCUCUCU